GAACGCUUCCGAGCGCAUCCGAACGGACCGAACGGAACCGAACGGGAUCGAACCGGAUCGAACGGGAUCGAACGGGAUCGAACGGGAUCGAACCGGACCCGGCCAUGGUCGCGGCUCCGCCGGCCGCCGCCGCCGCCAUGCGCCGGGAGCUGCUGGGGCCCGAGAUCCGCCCGCUCGACCGGUACGACGGGAACCGGGCCCGGACCGCGGCCAGCAUCGCAUGGGCCAUUGCUGCCAGCUACGGAGGAGCCGCCCAGGUCCCUCCUGCUCUCCGGGAGCCGCUGCAGAGAGGCCGCCUGGUUCCGGCUGUAUCUCGGGCGCUGUCGGCUCCGGGUCUGUACUGCAGGGCCUGGGCCUGGGCCAUGCGGGCACCGGCACCACCGGACACGGCAGCGCUGCUGGAGCUGCUGCGGCACAGAGGGGACGGGCCCGUGCUCAGAGAGCGCCCCCUGCAGGCGGCGGACCUGCGGCCGCCACUGGACAUCGACGCUCACCUGACCCUCAUUGACUCUCUCAUGGGAGCCUAUGUGGCCGAGGCCACGCGGGGGUUGGGGUGUCCCCCUGGAGCCCCCCCCGGGCCUGAGGGAUGGGAGCAGAAGAUCCUGUGCUGGCUGGACACGGUGAACCGCAAGCUCCAGGAGAGCACAGAGAAGGAGGCCCCGCCCCCCUCGGACCCCCCCUCGGACCCCCCCGCGGCCCCCCCCGCCUGCACCCAUAAGUGUCCCACCCGCUGGUACUGGAAGCUGGUUCCUCACGCCAUCGCCUUUUGUUUGAAGGAAUCAGGGAAUAAACCUCCUGUGAUCCGGUACCGUCGGGACCGAGCCCCCCCCCGCCGCAGCCCCUGCUUCCCCCCAGUGCUGGCCCUACAGGACCUGGCCAGUGGGGGGGCACUGGCAGCUGCCAUCCACUACUACUGCCCCCAGGAGCUGAGGCUAGAGGAGGUGUGCCUGAAGGAGCCCAUGGCAGUCGCUGACCGGCUGCACAACCUGCGGCUGGUUCGGGACUUCAGCCGGCAGCACCUGAGCUCACACUGCCCCCUGGCGGUGGAGGACCUGCUCUACAUGGCGCCUGCGCUGCGGCUCAACAUUGGGGCGUUCCUGGCCGAGCUCUUCCUCUGCUUUGAGGUCCUGCGGCCUCCGUUCGUGCGCCCCCGAGACCUGGGGGGGGGCUCAGAGGCUCCGGCUGCCGCAGAUGCUGCAAGCCCCAAGAGCAGCUCCCCUGGCUUCGCCUUCCGGCACCCGCUGCUGUCUGGGGGUCACCCCCCCACCCCCCUGCGGGGGACCCCAGCCCCUCUGCCCCACUCCCCAUCUCUGCCCCACGGCGACAGCAGCUUCAGCAAAGCCUGGAGCAAGAAACCAUUGAGCCACCCCCUGUCCCAGGCCGUGUCCUUCAGCAUCCCCUUCGGUCUGGACAGUGACGUUGACAUCGUCAUGGGCAACCCAGUGGGGACAGCUCUGACCCGCUCAGCCAGCAGCGACAGCCUGGCCCUGCCCCAUAGCCUGCCCCAUAGCCUGCCCCACAGCCCCCCCCCAGCGCCCCACAGCGCCCCCAAUGGGCUCCCUGAGCUCCCCACCAUAGAGGAAGCUCUUCAGAUCAUCCACAGCUCCGAGCGCCUCCUGCCCGAGGGGGCUCCCGACACCUUCUACCUGCACUCCCCCCGCCCCACUGUGGAUGUGGGGCAGCCCCAUAGCCUGCUCCAGACCCACACCUCCAGCCCCACAGCAUCGGCACCAGGCAACGGCCGCACCAUGACCAGCUUUGCUGAGCGCAAGAAGAAGAUGGAGGAGGCCAGCGGUGGUGGGCAUGGCCAUGGGCAUGGUGUUGGUGAUGGGCAUGGUGUUGGCCGUGGAGGUGUUGGGCAUAGUGUUGGUGAUGGAGGUGUUGGUGAUGGCCAUGGUCAUAGUGUUGGUGUUGGUCAUGGUCAUGGUGUUGGUGAUGGAGGUCAUAGUGUUGGUGAUGGAGGUGUUAGUGAUGGCCAUGGUCCUGGUGACGGUGAUGCCCAUGGAGGUGUUGGUGUUGGUGACAUCCGUGGAGGUGUUGGUGUUGCUCAUGGUGUUGGCGAUGGAGGUGUUGGCUCCAGCCCCACUUCUCCCCACACCCAACCCCACACAUCCCCCCCCGGUUCCCCUCCCCCAUCCCGCCCCACACCUCAGCCCCAUAGCGACCCCCUGAGCGUGGAGAUGUCGGAGCUGGGAGCUCGGCUGGAGGAGAAGCGCCGCGCCAUCGAGGCUCAGAAGCGCCGCAUUGAAGCCAUCUUCAGCCAGCACCGGCAGCGCCUGGGCAAGGCUGCCCUGCGGCGCCUACAGGCGGAGAGCACACCCAUGGGUGCUCCCCAUAGCGCCUAUGAGGCGGCUGUAGCACAGCUCAGCACAGCCGUCAGCAGCCUGCAGCUCGAUGUGCUGCGGCUCAACCAACAGCAGCAGCGCCUGUUGCAGGAGGCACCACCGGUACCGGUACAACCGGCACCACCGGCACCACCGGCACCCACCGCAUGGGUCAUCCCCGUGGCCAAAGGGAACCGUGGGGCUGUGGCACCCAAAGGGGUCCCUAUGGGGCAGAGCCGGGCGAGGGGCCCGCGCCCCACGGAGCUGCGCCGGGUGCUGAGCCCCCCACAGGAUGUGGACUCCCUGCCCCAUAGGCGCAAGUUCAGUGGGGCCACGGUGCAGACAAGGUCAUCCAUUCACUUCUCUGCAGCACCGGGAGCACCACAGGCCGGGGGGGGCACCAGGGUGUCCGGGGAUGGCACCAGUGACGCUUCCUCACCCGGUGAAGGCAACAUGGGAAGGGGGAACCAGGAGGAGGAGGAGGAGGAGGAAGAGCUGGAGGAUGGAGAAGGGGAUUCACUGGAGGGGUCACCAACGGAAGGGGGAGAGAAGGAGGAGAGGGAGAGACCAAGGUUCUUUAAGGUCUGUGUCUCUCAGGGUGCCCCAGAGCCCCCAGCUCAGUUGGAUCUGGGCUCCCAGCACCCACUGGAGCCACUGGAGCAGAACCGGCACCGGAAGCACUGGAUGGAGCCAGCACAGGAGCCCCCCGGGGACAGUGGGGACAGGCCGCCAUCCCCCCCCCGCAGCUGCCGCAGGGGGGGGGGCUUCACGCGGCAGGAGCAGGAACGGCGGCAGCAGCUGCGGCUGAUGGAGGAGCUGGGUCGGGUCCUGCGCCCCCCCCGCGGCCCCCCCCGCACCCCCCGAGGGGUCCCCCCUGCCCCCCCCCAGCGGGGGACCCCCCCCCACCCCCACCGCACCAGGGAUGACUCUGCGCUGGGGGGAGGGGCCAGGGGGCUGCUGGGGCAGCGCCUGUCUCGGGUUUACUCCCAGAGUUCUCUGUCCCUGUCCACGGUGGCAGAACCAGGGGGCGGAGCCAAGGGGACCAGCCGGGCCGUGUCCCCCUCGGGCUCUCCCGCGCGGCCCCGAGAAUGGGAGAAUGAAUCCAAUGCAUCCAGCCCAGGACCUGAGUACAGCGGCCCGCGGCUGUACAAGGAGCCCAGCGCCAAGUCCAACAAGCACAUCAUCCACAAUGCUCUGUCCCAUUGCUGCCUGGCCGGACGCGUCAAUGAGCCCCAGAAGAACCGGGUGCUGCAGGAGGUCGAGCGCAGCGCCGCCACCCACUUCCUGAUCCUGUUCCGUGACGGGGGCUGUCAGUUCCGCGCGCUGUACACCCCGUGCGCGGGUGACCCUCCGGUGCUGCGGCGGUUGACGGGCUCCGGUCCGCGCCUGGUGCCGCUGCCCAUGGUGCAGGAGCUCUACAAGUACCACAGUGACCGCAAGCGCUUCUCGCGCCUCCCGGCACGAACCAUGUCCCUUAGCGUUGACGCCUUCACCAUCCCCGGACACCUGUGGCAGGCGCGGAGGGGGACACCGCGCAAGGACAACCGCAGCUACAGCCAUGGCGACGGCAACAACAGCCCAACGAAGUGACACCCGGAUGGUGGUACACAGGAGGGAGCCGUGGGCGCCUGUGGAUGGGAUCCUAUUGAUGGGUGCCUAUUGAUGAGCGCCUGUUGAUGGUUGACUAUUGAUGGGCACCUGUGGAUGGGGUCCUAUCAAUGGGGUCCUAUUGAUUGGCUGUUAUUGAUGGGUGCCUAUUGAUGGGUGUCUGUUGAUGAGCGCCUGUUGAUGGGUGCCUGUUGAUGGGGUCCUAUUGAUGGGGUCCUAUUGAUGAGCGCCUGUUGAUGGGCGCCUGUGGAUGGGAUCCUAUCAAUGAGUGCCUACUGGUGGGUGCCUAUUGAUGGGUGCCUAUUGAUAGGCACCUAUGGAUGAGCGCCUGUGGAUGGGCACAUAUUGAUGGGGUCCUAUCAAUGGGCUCUUAUUGAUGGGGUCCUAUUCAUGGGUGCCUAUUGAUGGGGUCCUAUUGAUUGGCUGCUAUUGAUGGGUGCCUAUUGAUGGGCACCUAUGGAUGAGCACCUGUUGAUGGGUGCCUAUUGAUGGGGUCCUAUCAAUGAGCUCCUAUUGAUGGGCAUGGAAAGGGCUUGGGGAUGGGGAUGCACUGGGUGUGUAAAUAGAAAGGGGGGGACCCCCCAUCCCUGGUGGUACCCAAGAGGCAACGACAGGCACCUAUUGAUGGGCUCCUAUUGAUGGGGUCCUAUCGAUGGGCCCCUAUCAGUGGGUUCCUAUUGAUGGGCUCCUAUUGAUGAGCAUGGAAAUCCUAUCAAUGAGCAUGGAAAGGGCUUGGGGAUGGGAAUGCAUCGAGGGGGGGUACCCCCAAGUGCAGCAAUGGGGCCCCCAUCAAUGGGCAUGGAAAGGGCUUGGGGAUGGGGACAGAAAGGGGUAGAUAGAAAGGGGGGUACCCACAUCCCUGGGGGUACCCAGGUGGCAGCAAUGGGCACCUAUUGAUGGGAUCCUAUAGAUGGGAUCCUAUUGAUGGGGUCCUAUCGAUGGGCCACUAUCAAUGGGUUCCUAUUGAUGAGCAUGGAAAGGGGAUGGGGAUGCAUUGAGGGGAGGGGGCACCCCCAAGUGCAGCAAUGGGGCCCCCAUCAAUGGGCAUGGAAAUGGACUGGGGAUGGGGAUGCAUUGAGGGGGGGGGUACAGAGUGAAGUGGGGGUCCCCCCCAUCCCUGAUGGUACCCAAAUGGCAGCAGUAGAUUGGUCCUAUCAGUGGCCUCCUAUCAAUGGGCUCCUAUUGAUGGGCAUGGAAAGGGCUGUGGGAUGGGGACACAUUGGGGGGGCUAUAGGGGGGGACCCCCAAGUGGCAGCAAUGGGGCCCCCAUCAAUGGGCAUGGAAUAGGGUUGGGAAUGGGGAUGCAUUGAGGGGAUGCCCCCAUCCCUGGGGGUACCCAAGGGGCAGCAAUGGGCCCCAUCAAUGGG